UUUGAGAGGCCUAUUUUGAACGGCUUGCCAAUUUCCUCCAGCUAGGACCAACGCAUUCACGGACUCGUCCGCUCCACUCAGCCAUGUUGCUUCUGCAGCUAGAAUUGCGCACCGUUCAGGCUGCAAGACCCGUGUGCUAGACCGACCACUCGGUAUAUUUCACCUCUUGAAUCCGCUUGCGUGAAAAAAACCCGCACUUGCAGCUGCUUCUGCCAGUAAGAUUGCACACUUGGAUUGGUUUGAUUUCUUAUGAAAACGAAUCGAAUCGAGAGAAAACCCGACUGAUUCCUUCUCGCGAGUUAGAGAUGGACCAAGCCCAAACCACAGCAGCUUCGGGGAGGCCCGGCGCAGGUUCGUCAAAGUUCGCUGUAGGUUCGGUGGCGUGCGCUGGGGUUGCCGGCCUGGUGGCGGGCGCCCUGUUGCCAUUGGUCGGUCGGCAACUAAGAGGUGCUCUAGGUCGCUUUCUGCCCCCCCCUCCUGCGCAACAACCAGCAGCAAAACCAGCAGCAGGCACCAGAUCAUCAGCAGACGCAAAAGCAGCAGCUGCUGAUGUAGGGGACACGCCCGUUGAUUCAGCUUCACUACUAGCUGCAGGAGAGGCUCCGGCUACACUUACAAGUGAACCCACUGCUGCUACGGCUGCUGGUACUGCCGCUGCAACAUCUGUAGCCCGGACCGACGUAGGUGUGGACCUCGCUGACGUGGCAGUGACGUGGAUCCGUCCGCCACAUCCCAAUUGGCGGGCUCCUGAGCGGUUGCUGCCGCCCUUCCCUGUCCCCUCAGCGGCUGAUAGUGGGCGGAAGGAGGAUGGGGGGGGGGGGAAAGGGGAGAGGAGGAUGGGGCAGGGGGGGGAAGGGGAGAGGAGGAUGGGAGGGAGGAUAAAAAAGCGGGAGACGAAGGAGGGGAGAUGGGGGUGGUGAGUGUGCGAGUUGCAGAGUGCAGCAGCAGUGUGCUGUAUCCCCUCGUUAUAAGCACAGUGGUUCCACGCCCUAUAGCUUUCAUCUCGACACUUUCCAAGACUGGAAUCGGCAACCUCUCUCCCUACUCCUACUUCAACGCUGUGGCUCACAACCCCCCCCUGCUUGCGAUCGGCCAUUGCUGGUCGAGUGGGAAGCCCAAGGAUUCGCUUACAAACAUACUGGAUACACGAGAGCUGGUAGUGGCGCUGAUGAGUGAUUGGUUCGUGGAAGCAGCCAAUCACACGUGUGGGCCGUACCCCCCUGAUGUCAAUGAGAUGCGCCUCGCGGGUCUCACGCCCGUGCCUUCUGUUGCGGUGAAGCCUCCCCGAGUGGCUGAGUCAGCAGUGAACAUGGAGUGUGUUGUCAGACACACAUAUGACGUCACAGACAGGGAUGGAAGUGUGACAACAACGGUUGUUCUUGCAGAGGUGGUUAUGUUCCACUUUUCUGAGCAAGUGGUUACACGCACCCAGAACACUGGGAAACUGAUCGUUGAUCCAGUGAAGUUGCGUCCUAUGUGCAGGCUUGGGGGAAACACGUACGGCUUUGUUUCACAUCUGUUUGACAUUGCGCGCCCAGACAAAGAUGGCCGAUACCCGGGUCAGGAUGGAUUUGUUCGAAGUGAGAGGGAUAAGAUUAUUUCACAAUAAGUCAUUCUGAUAUCGGUAUUAUGUCUGGCAAUCUUCCAUAAGACAGCCUCUCAGUUUCUGCUC